AUGGAGAGAAAGGCUUCUUCAAUGGCUAAAGUUCUCUUAAUUGGAAUUGUAAUUGCUAUCCUAUGCUCUGAAAUUAAAUGUUCAUUUGAAGACAACUUUAGUAAAAGUGAUUGUCCUGACUCUCACUUCAAGACUUCUGAAGAUGGACAGAUCUGGUAUCUAUCAUUAGAUAACAAAGCAGGUUGUGGAUUUAUGACCAGACAGAGAUAUAGAUUUGGUUGGUUUAGCAUGAAGUUGAAAUUGGUAGGAGGUGAUUCAGCUGGUGUUGUUACAGCUUAUUAUAUGUGCACAGAAGAUGGGGCAGGGCCAACUAGAGAUGAGCUAGACUUUGAGUUCUUGGGGAAUAGAACAGGGGAACCCUAUCUUAUUCAAACAAAUGUGUAUAAAAAUGGUAUUGGUGGGCGUGAGAUGAGGCAUGUUCUAUGGUUUGACCCUACUCAAGACUUCCAUACAUAUUCUAUUCUUUGGAAUUCUCACCAAAUUGUGUUUUUCGUGGAUAAGGUUCCAAUAAGAGUAUACAAAAACACGAAUUACACGAAUAAUUUCUUCCCUAACGAGAAGCCAAUGUACUUAUUUUCGAGCAUAUGGAACGCGGAUGAUUGGGCUACUCGGGGCGGGUUAGAGAAAACGGACUGGAAAAAUGCACCAUUUGUAUCAACAUAUAUGAAUUUCAAUGUUGAUGGUUGUCAAUGGGAAGAUCCUUUCCCUUCUUGUGUUUCAACAACUACUCAAAAUUGGUGGGAUCAAUAUAAUUCUUGGCACCUUUCAAGUGAUCAAAAAUUGGACUAUGGUUGGGUGCAAAGAAAUUUUGUAACUUAUGAUUAUUGCCAAGAUAUUGAGAGAUACAAAGUAAAGCCUGAGGAAUGUUGGUUAAGUCCAUGGGAUUAAUUAGUAUUUCAAUUUUGAUUUAAG